CAGGGUGCCAGGCAACACACGCUGAAAGCUCCACUUCAAGCCUAAGCUUCCAAGGGAGAGGAAGUGUUUGGGAUCCUUUCCCAUAAAUUAUCCUCAGUACAUUGGCUGCGAGAUGUCAUCGCUGCUUCAUGUACGAAGACCCAUGUUGGGUGGUCAGUUCUGGAGGCAGUGGGGCAGCCGCCUCAAGCAAUGGGACAGCCACUUCGUGCAGUGGGACAGCCACUUAGCGCAGUGGGACAGCCACUUCCGGCAGUCAGUGAAACUUUCAACAAGUGCUCUAUCGUCUCAUCCUUUCUCCUCCAGUAUGCCCCAUGAUAGCUCCAGGUGUGAUAAUGACGGGGUAACUUGGCUUCACCCAGGCAACUUCAGGGUGGACAUGAUGAUAGCAAAGAACAAGAACAAACACUUUCAAAGUGGAUCUCAAGUUACCAUAAAUACUGAUACUCUGUUGACCGCUGAAGAUUUUUCUCAUGUUCUGGUGCACUUAUAUAACAAAGUUGAGGUGUUGAGGACAUGUUUUCGUCAGCGGGACGACCAGUGGUGGUAUUGUUCCAUGCCUAAACCUGCCUUAGACUUUAAGGUUGUCGAAGGCCCAGAUUCAUUAAAGGAAUCGCAGGCUAUGAUCAACACUAACUUCAACUUGACUGAUGGACCACUGUGGAAAGUUCGACUUCUGCAGUCGCCAACCGACACCCCUUGUAUCUGGCCGGAACUGAACGAAAAGUUUCCAUAUAGGAACAAAUUAUUGUUCAGUUUUCAUCACGGUGUAAUUGAUGGCAAUGAUUCAUUAUCAAUUACUGCAUGGUUUGUGAAACUUCUUGAUGAUUACAUCAGCAAAAAACCUAUUGGUAAUCAGCAACUUGGACAACUUAUAGACCACAGUCAGACAACAGAGAUUGAACGACAAGUGAAAGUAGAUCUUGAAAAGGAUCCCGAAAAGUUGAAAUUAUUUCUUAAUGAACUUAAAAAUAAUGAACACACACCUCUACUCAUAGAAGCAUUUGGUACUCCAGAAGCAACUAAUGUUACGACAGAAUACUUAGAAUGUGGUAUACUAGACACCUCUGAAGUUAAGAAGUUUCAUAACAUGUGUAUAUCUCAGGGAAUCUCUUUUAAUUCGGGAUUUAUUGGAAUAGUGAACACAGCAUUAGUUGAGCUAGUAAGGGAGGCUGGCGUGUUACGCGACGUCUACAAUAUUAACAGCUUACAUUCCAUUGAUCUUCGCCGUUACAUCACAGUUAUUCCAAAGUGUUGCCAAUGGGUUAUCAUGCUUCUCCAUUAUCGCACACCAUGUCAACCCCUUACAAUGUAAAAGAUCAUUUCUGGAAGUAUGCUAAACAGUUUGACACUGAAUUCCGAGAAAAACUAGAAAACAAGCAAGUAUUUAAAGAUUUAGCGAUGAGGAGAAUGAUUCUCCCAGAGAACGUCUCACUUGAUGAACUCUCUGCAGCUCCACCAACUCCUAGACAUGAUUAUUCGUUCUCAAAUAUGUAUUUACCUAAAUUUGUUAACUUUGGAGUUGGAAGGCAUGUUCAGAUAACAGGAUUGAAAAUUCUUCUUUCCCUUGUUGCCAGUGACUUUCCAUUCUUUUCUGGCAUUCGCAAUUUGCGUGAUAAGGUUCAAUUUGAUGUUUGGCAUUCAACUCACUGCAUGACCAGUGAUACAGCACAAAAGUGUUUUGAUAAAGUUUUAUCUGUCUUUCGUGAAAAGAUUAAGUAACACCUGAGUUUAGAUGUUCUUCUGAGAUUGAAAAUAUAUUAAAUAAUUAAUUAAAAAGUGUUAGGUAGUCUACAACAUAUGUUAGUAUAAGUUUGAAAUGACGUGGAAGCGAAGUGCUACUGAUGUAUGGACGAGGUAUAGGGUUUUUGUAGUGGAUAUAUAUUAAGUCUAGCAGCAAUGAACUGGAAAUGUCACAACCAUGUAGGCGGUGCAUACAUACAUACGCACACACACACACAGUAGGGACAGCGAGCGCACUAGUCACGCCUUCCGUGCUCCGGGAAUAUAAGUGUUUUUGAGGGCUAUGCAAGUGUUCUGCAAGGGUUGCUAAGUGUGUCAGGGUAGUGAACAAUCAUAGAAGUGAUUUUUAAUCUGCCUGAGCCACAUAGUGUGGGGAGAGCCACAAUUUUGUAAGUGAUCUAGAAAAUAAAAACGUUGUGGCGCAGAGUGGGCAGGCUAGUGUGUAAGGCGACGUUGUCAAGUGUCACCCAAGAAAGGUAAUAAAGUGAAACAAUCGUGCGACCAGUGAGAGAAAUACAAUGAAUAGGGUACAUUAUUAACGAGAAGAAAUUGAGGUGGAUCUACGCCAGGACGUACAUCGAGCUGGAUCUACGCCAGGACGUCACAUCGAGCUGGACAAUCUACGGUGCUACAGCUGCACUACAAGUACUGUAUCACCUAUGAGUGGUUGUUUUGGUGUGGGGUUCCAGGUUCCAAUUAACCGCCAAGCUGAAUGUGAAUGGUCUAACUCUCAUAGCACGAUAAAGAAUAGGCACUCAAGUAUUCAAUAAGGAAUAGCAAAUGGUAAUCCAUUGAACAAGGCGAUUAACUUACUAUAAGCAGGUCAAGCAUAGGCAACAUUGUAAGUAGGUGAGUGUAAGUCUCAGGAGGGUGGGAGUCAGGUCACAAGAGGUUGUGGACACAAGCGGCAACUGAGAAUCCACAUUACACUCCAAGCACAAGCCACCUACUUUUCAGACACAUAAUAAACCCACACAUAAUUCGACACAUAAUUACACACACACACACAUACACACACACACACACAAACACACACACACACACACACAC